CGAGGAAAGAAAACCAUAAGAUCUUGCACAUGGCGUGUGUUGGCGGUCUAUCAGCAGGCCAAUCAUUACUAACCAAACACUCAAUACCUUUUACUUCGUCUCCCGUGGGUUUUUCAAGAAACAGGGUAGGGAGGCGCUUUUGUUCAGUAAGAGCGGAGACCAUGGCCACUGAGAAACUGGGAAUCAAGAUCGAGAGGAACCCUCCCGAGUCCAAGCUCACCCAACUUGGUGUCAGAAAAUGGCCAAAGUGGAGUUGCCCCCCAAGUAAAUUCCCAUGGACAUUCGAUACUAAAGAGGCCUGCUAUCUGCUUGAAGGAAAAGUGAAAGUUACUCCUGAUGGGUCUUCCGAGUCAGUCGAGAUAGGUGCUGGUGAUUUUGUGGAAUUCCCAAAAGGAAUGAGCUGCACUUGGGAUGUCUCAGUAGGUGUCGAUAAGCAUUAUAAUCUGGGCUAGUGACGAACUGAAGCCUUUUGCCGCAUAUUCCAGUAUAUGUUGGAUCAAGUAACCUGAUAGUCUUCUUCCAAUGCCAUUGACUAUUGAAUCUAUCUGGCAUUACUUCUGUGUAAAGUGAUGAAACAUGGUUUGAAAGUUUUGCUACUAGUUACUAGUUUUUGUUA